AUGGCCAAGGAUGCAAGUUCUCCGUGGUCGUCUCUGGUCGACUCGCACUUUGCUGAGAGCGCUCUCCCACACGCUCCCCGCGAACGUCAACUGCAGCACAUGGACUCUGAACUGGCGGACAUACAGCAGGCGCUGCUUAGAGCGCGCCGGCUACGUAACCGGAAGUCUGCCAUCUGUGCACUGCCCGCAGAGAUACUUGCCAUGAUAUUCGAGUGCCUGGAGCCGGACUGGCCGCCGCUGCGUGAGCAGUCGCAGAUGAGGAACCCGUGUUUCUUUGCUGGUUGGAUGUGCGUCACUCACGUCUGCAGUCUUUGGCGGGACGUCGCGCUCGGGACACCGUCGCUAUGGUCCAAACCCCUUAUCAACAUGGCGAUGAUUCAUCCACGGUACAUUCCGGACUUCCUCUCUCGCACACGAGGGGCUACGCUGAACCUGGGGCUGGGAUGGGAGGACGAGUCUGCGCUUUUGAUUGAAGACCGAAGCAUAGACGCUUGGCUCUCCCCCUCCAUACUCAGGCGCGCGAAGAGGCUGGACAUUGUUUGCGAUCUAGACCUCGUGGCGUAUGUCGCAGGGCGUCUUCCUCCGCCUCAAGACAUGGAAGACCUGCGCGUGCUGGAAAUGUCGCUGGAAUAUCCUGACGAGGCCGAGACUGAGCUCCCGGUACCUUUCCAACGCUUGACCGGGAUAACCAGGCUGUGUCUGGAUGAGUGGUCCGUCCCUUGGCGGUCUUCCAUACUUUCACCUGAAUUGACCGACCUUCAUCUGGCGAACGUGGCUGGGUCUCGUGUGUCUUAUGAGGACAUGCUUGGACUGCUGGCCUCGCUACACCGUCUCCAAGUUCUCGAGAUCGACAACAUCGCUCCCCGUCUCGAGCCCAUCGCGGAACAUCGAUCCAUGAUCACAUUGUCGUCGUCGCUGCGAAGCCUUGAUGUUGCAUAUACAAACGGGGAACUCGCAGCCGACGGUCUUGCGUUCAUCUCCCUUCUUCGCGCGCCUCCGAAGUGCAUUCUCAACUUCCAAGUCCACGGCAUGGACAGACAGCCUACCAGUAUGGCGCUCAUUGACGACGCAAUGGGCAGAAUCAUACCUGCAUUGUCACUAGCGAAAUGUGACAAUAUUGAGCUACAACAUCUGGAAGUGACCAAUCAGAGCCUUCGCUUCGUCUCGACCUCGCGCUCUGGGGUGCUGCCGGAAUCCCACUCGGAGAAAAUCACCACCACGAUUAGGAUGAACACUUUCACCAAGGCCGAUCCGCCGAUACACUUCCACCUCGCUCAAUACACGUCCCAUCUUACCGUCCAUCGCCUCGGCAGCAUAUCCCUUGAUGUCACUUCUGUGCGCACGAUCAACAAGGACAACAUUUGGCCUCAUCUCAUGCGCUCGAAAGACGUUCGUGCUGUCGGCCUGAUCAAAACCAACGCAAUUUACGGAUAUUUCGUGGAAAUUUUGGAUGUCUUAAGUAAGCGACAUUACGCGGCGUCUACAGGAGACACGGGUCUUCUUUUUCCCUGUCUAAAGGUGCUAGCUCUCCCAUUUGGCAGCAAGCAGGCUCAGCAUGAGGACCUCGUUGAUGCAGUUAUCAAUGUUGUAGACUUCCGACGUGCACAGGGAGCACCGUUGGAUGAGUUGAUCAUAUCAAGAGAAGCUGGAGCUUGGUUGAUAUGGAGCACCCUUCGGAAGGUGAUCAAAGUUACGCUUGUUGACUACCCCGUGUACGAAUCCCCGAUCUCGCAUGAGUAG